AUGGCGGAUCCAGCCGAAUGCAGCAUCAAAGUGAUGUGCCGGUUCCGGCCACUCAACGAAGCUGAGAUCCUCCGCGGGGACAAAUUCAUCCCCAAAUUUAAAGGCGAUGAGACCGUGGUGAUCGGGCAAGGAAAGCCAUAUGUCUUCGACAGAGUGCUGCCUCCCACCACGACCCAAGAGCAGGUUUACAACGCGUGUGCAAAGCAAAUUGUCAAAGAUGUCCUUGAGGGUUAUAAUGGGACAAUUUUUGCGUAUGGACAGACAUCAUCAGGAAAAACGCACACCAUGGAGGGGAAGCUACACGACCCUCAACUCAUGGGCAUCAUCCCAAGGAUUGCACACGACAUCUUUGACCAUAUCUAUUCCAUGGAUGAAAACCUGGAGUUCCACAUCAAGGUUUCCUAUUUUGAAAUCUACUUGGACAAAAUCAGGGACUUACUCGAUGUAUCCAAGACAAACUUGGCUGUUCAUGAAGAUAAAAACAGAGUCCCGUACGUAAAGGGGUGCACCGAGCGGUUUGUGUCAAGCCCCGAGGAGGUCAUGGACGUGAUAGAUGAAGGCAAAGCAAACCGCCACGUGGCUGUAACGAACAUGAAUGAACACAGCUCUAGAAGUCACAGUAUCUUCCUGAUUAAUAUUAAACAAGAGAAUGUAGAGACUGAAAAAAAACUCAGUGGGAAGCUUUAUCUAGUUGAUUUGGCUGGGAGCGAAAAGGUCAGCAAAACUGGUGCCGAGGGAGCUGUUCUCGACGAAGCUAAAAAUAUCAAUAAGUCUUUGUCUGCUCUUGGAAACGUGAUCUCUGCCUUGGCAGAAGGGACAAAAACACACGUGCCAUACCGGGACAGCAAGAUGACUCGGAUUCUUCAGGACUCUCUGGGUGGGAACUGUAGAACCACCAUCGUUAUUUGCUGUUCUCCCUCGGUAUUCAAUGAAGCUGAGACCAAGUCAACGCUAAUGUUUGGACAAAGGGCUAAGACCAUCAAGAAUACAGUCUCUGUGAACCUGGAGCUGACAGCGGAAGAAUGGAAGAAGAAAUAUGAAAAAGAGAAAGAGAAAAACAAGACUUUGAAGAAUGUUCUCCAGCAUCUGGAGAUGGAGCUAAACAGGUGGAGAAAUGGAGAAGCUGUGCCUGAGGAUGAACAGAUCAGUGCUAAGGACCAGAAGCCCCUGGAGCCCUGUGAUAACACCCCCAUCAUAGACAACAUUGUUCCUGUGGUUGCUGGCAUCUCUGCAGAGGAGAAGGAGAAGUAUGAUGAGGAGAUCUCCAGUCUCUACCGACAACUGGAUGAUAAGGAUGAUGAAAUUAACCAGCAGAGCCAGCUGGCUGAAAAGCUAAAGCAACAGAUGUUGGAUCAGGAUGAGCUUUUAGCUUCCACAAGAAGAGACUAUGAGAAGAUUCAGGAGGAGCUGACACGUCUCCAGAUUGAAAAUGAGGCAGCCAAAGACGAGGUGAAAGAAGUUCUCCAGGCCCUGGAGGAGCUGGCUGUCAAUUACGACCAGAAGUCACAGGAAGUGGAGGACAAGACCAGGGCCAAUGAGCAGCUGACAGAUGAGCUGGCCCAGAAAACGACUACAUUGACAACCACACAAAGAGAGCUGAGCCAGCUGCAAGAGCUUAGCAAUCACCAGAAAAAGAGGGCUACCGAGAUCCUGAAUUUGCUGCUGAAGGAUCUGGGGGAGAUAGGAGGAAUUAUUGGCACCAAUGAUGUGAAGACUUUGGCAGAUGUGAAUGGAGUCAUUGAGGAGGAAUUCACCAUGGCCCGGCUGUACAUCAGCAAGAUGAAGUCGGAGGUUAAAUCUCUGGUGAACCGCAGUAAACAGCUCGAGAGCGCCCAGAUGGACUCCAACAGGAAGAUGAAUGCCAGUGAGCGGGAGCUGGCAGCCUGCCAGCUGCUCAUCUCCCAGCAUGAAGCCAAGAUCAAGUCCCUGACCGACUACAUGCAGAACAUGGAGCAGAAGCGGAGGCAGCUGGAAGAGUCGCAAGACUCGCUCAGCGAGGAGCUGGCCAAGCUCCGAGCCCAAGAAAAAAUGCAUGAAGUCAGCUUCCAGGAUAAAGAAAAGGAACAUCUGACCCGGCUGCAGGAUGCUGAGGAAAUGAAGAAGGCGCUGGAGCAGCAGAUGGAGAGCCACCGGGAAGCUCAUCAGAAGCAGCUGUCCAGACUCCGAGAUGAAAUCGAGGAGAAGCAGAAAAUCAUCGAUGAGAUUCGGGAUUUGAAUCAGAAGCUGCAACUGGAACAGGAGAAGCUCAGUUCUGAUUAUAACAAGCUGAAAAUAGAGGACCAAGAGAGAGAAAUGAAAUUGGAAAAGCUCUUAUUGCUCAAUGAUAAAAGAGAACAAGCCAGAGAGGACCUCAAAGGGCUGGAGGAGACAGUGUCUCGAGAACUACAGACUCUACACAACCUCCGUAAACUCUUCGUCCAGGAUCUGACCGCCCGGGUUAAAAAGAGUGUAGAGCUGGACAGCGACGAGGGAGGAGGCAGUGCUGCCCAGAAGCAGAAAAUUUCCUUCCUGGAGAAUAACCUGGAGCAGCUCACUAAGGUCCACAAACAGCUGGUCCGGGACAACGCAGACCUGCGCUGUGAGCUGCCCAAGCUGGAGAAGCGCCUGCGUGCCACGGCCGAGCGCGUCAAGGCGCUGGAGAGCGCGCUGAAGGAGGCCAAGGAGAACGCCAUGCGGGACCGCAAGCGUUACCAGCAGGAGGUGGACCGCAUCAAGGAGGCUGUGCGAGCCAAGAACAUGGCCAGGAGGGCCCACUCGGCCCAGAUCGCCAAGCCCAUCCGCCCUGGACACUACCCAGCAUCGUCUCCAACGGCCGUCCACGCCAUCCGAGGGGGAGGAGGCAGCUCUUCAAACUCCACUCACUACCAGAAAUAAA